UCAACACACACAACGUAGUACGCAGUAGCGUACGGUCGUACUCCCACCAAUCGGAAGAAGUAAGGUCUAGCAGGUGAUUUCACAGUUGUUCGAUUUGAAGUGGAUUUGAAGACGUCAAUGGUUAGGAAACAGAUGAUAGUCGCCGCGGUGUAAACAGCGUUCGAUAAUGUUAGAAGGAGUGAAACACGUUGUUUUAGUCUUAUCCGGCAAAGGGGGUGUCGGAAAAUCUACGGUCAGCACUCAGUUGGCGUUGACACUGAAGGAGGCGGGCUUCAAGGUCGGUUUACUGGACGUUGACUUAUGCGGCCCUAGCAUCCCUUACUUGUUGAAUUUGGAGGGAAAGGAUGUCCAUCAAUCGACCAAGGGAUGGGUUCCAGUUUACGCAGAUGAGGAACAAAAGUUGGCAGUUAUGUCCAUAGGGUUUCUUCUAAAAAAUCGAAACGAUGGGGUUGUUUGGCGGGGACCUAAAAAAACUGGCAUGAUCAAGCAAUUUUUGACAGAUGUCGUAUGGGAGGAUAUAGAUUAUCUGAUUAUCGACACACCGCCGGGAACAUCGGACGAACACAUCACAGUCAUGGAAAACUUAAGAUCUGUCAAAUGCGACGGGGCUGUUAUAGUAACCACACCGCAGGCUGUAUCUGUAGAUGACGUCCUUCGUGAAGUUACAUUCUGCCGAAAGACCGGCAUCCCAAUUAUUGGAAUUGUAGAAAACAUGAGUGGCUUUGUGUGCCCAACUUGUUCAGAGUGCACAAAUAUAUUUUCGUCGGGUGGUGGACAAGCCCUAGCAGAAAUGGUCAAGGUUCCAUUUUUAGGUAGAAUCCCAAUCGAUCCGGCAGUUGGUAAGCUGGCAGAUAAGGGCCAAAGUAUUUUGGUAACACUCCCUGAUAGUGAGCUUGCUCGAAUUUUUCGAAGAUUAAUUGAGCAGAUCACAAGGAGUAAAGAAGCUUAAAGUCUUAUUGAAUCAAAUUAUAUUUGGUGUUUUCAAAAUGAAUUCGCAGCUGCCCAUACUCGUGAUUCUGAGAAAGUUAUCGCUACGCAGGGCUGUUCAACAUUCAUUUUUUUUACUCAGCAAAUUUUUUUGUACAUGCUUUAUUCUUGUCAGAUGCAAUGCAUAAAAAUACAUGUUGACCUUUACAAGGAUGAUGAAUGAAUGCAUUGGCGAGCUCUCAUCAAGUACUGCAAUAUACUUUAAUGAUGUAAAUAUUUGAUAAAUGUGCCUUUGAAAGUUGUGUGAUUUAGUUUAUCCCUCAAAUAUCGCGAUUGCAUUGGUUCAAUCGUUACCUAUAAUUGGGUUGUCGAAGGUCAUAGAUUUCCACAGAGAAUUUCAGCACAAAGUUAUGCGUACUUGUACCAUGGAACGACUUACAAUAUAGGUGCACAUAAUAUGUUCGUAGGAAGGAGAUAAUAUACAGAGAAAAUGCAUUUGUAUUGAAGUGUUUUGGUGAAGAAUAAAUACAAUACGUAUUUCUAUUA